ACCAAUAAAUUGAAUCAUUUUAUUUUUAUUAUUUACUUUUAUUUUUAUACUAAUUAAUAUAAAAUUAUAUUUUAAUAAUAAAAUAACCCCACAAAUAAAAAUAAUUAGUUUUAAAAAAUUAAACAAUUGAAAAUGAUAGCUAACCUAUUUUCUUCUUUUGACCCUUGCGCAAAUUUUAAUAUUCCUUUAAAUUGAAUAAGAUCAAUAAUUAGAUUUUUCUUUAUCCCCUCAUUAUUCUGAAUAAUACCUAACCGAAUAAAUUUUAUUAUUCAAAAAUCAUUAAUCUUAUUACAUAUAGAAUUUAAAAUUUUAACAAAAAAAAAUAAUACUUUAAUAUUUAUCUCUUUAUUUUUUUUUAUUUUAAUUAAUAAUUUUAUAGGUCUAUUUCCUUAUAUUUUUACAAGUUCUAGUCAUUUAAUUUUUACCUUAACCUUCGCUUUACCUUUAUGAUUAACAUUUAUAAUUUUUGGUUGGCUAAAUAAUACAUAUCAUAUAUUUGCUCACUUAAUACCCCAAGGUACCCCUCCAAUUCUAAUACCAUUUAUAGUGUGUAUUGAAACUAUUAGAAAUAUCAUUCGUCCUGGAACAUUAGCUAUUCGAUUAUCAGCAAAUAUAAUUGCUGGGCAUCUAUUAAUAACUUUACUAGGAAACACAGGAUCUUUAGUAAAUUUUUUAAUUUUUAUUGUAAUUAUAAUUCAAUGUUUAUUAAUUAUUUUAGAAUCAGCAGUAGCAAUAAUUCAAUCAUAUGUAUUUGCUAUCCUAAGAACUCUUUAUUCUAGAGAAGUUUAAAA